AUGGCAGCGAGUGAGGUUGCGGUGGUGAAAAACGCCGACGACCAGCGGCAACAGCAAGAGCCGAUGAUAAUUAACGACGAGGAUUGUAGCGGCGACGGGUGGAUGCACCAGGGGGGGAGCGAUGGCCGUUUUACGUUGAAGGCUUACAAGCGCAGGUGGCUCAUGAUGGCGCUUUUCGUCCUCUACUCCACCACGAUUAACGGACAGUGGGUCCAGUAUUCCAUCAUUUCGAAUAUUGUCACCAGAUACUACAACGUGUCCUCGUUCGCGGUCGACUGCAGCGCCAUGUCGUACAUGUUCUACUACGUGCCCUUUGUUUUCCCGGCCUCCUGGUUAUCCGAACGCUUCGGUGUCCGCAAGACGCUGAUUCUAGGCAGCGUCCUCAGCUGCUCGGGGGCUUGGAUCAAAAGCUACGCCACCACGCCCCGGAGCUUUCACGUUGCGCUCGUUGGGCAAUCCGUCGUCGCUACCACUCAGGCACUGAUGUUGCCGAUCCCAGGGAGACUGGCCGCCAAGUGGUUCGGAUCCCACGAGUUGUCGACGGCCACGUCGAUCGGCGUGUUCGGCACCCAACUGGGCAUCGCCGUGUCGUUUCUUUUACCACCGAUGAUGGUGGGCAAUCACGAGGAUCCCCGGAAGAUCGGCCGAGAUCUGGCCAACCUCUCCCACGCCGCAGCCAUAGCAGCAAGCCUUACUCUUCUCGCGGUGGUACUGCUGUUUCAGGAGGAACCCGAGUUGCCACCGAGCGAGACGCGGGCUUUUCAGAAGGCCAAGGAAGAGGGCAAAGUCUCGGCGGGUGGUGGGUCGAAGGAGGGAUUUUUGCAGCCAAUCGGGAGGCUCCUGGGCGAUCAUCGGAGCUUUUUCAUCCUGUGCCAUUCUUACGGACUCAGCAUCGGGGUUCUCAACGCCGUGGCCACGCUGCUCAAUCAAAUGUUCCUCGCGCGCUUCGAGAACGGAGAAGAGGACGCAGGAAGGAUUGGCUUGCUGAUGAUAGUGGCGGGCAUGGUGGGGUCCGUACUUUUUGGCGCUGUGCUCGACAAAACGCACAAGUUCAAAGAAACCACUGUUACGGUGUAUUUCUCAACGCUAUGCGGCCAAAUCCUCUUCGCCGCGGCCAUGAUCCUCAGGAUGAAGCGGAUGGUCUACGUGGCCGCGACUUUUUUGGGGUUCUUCAUGUCCGGCUACUUGGCUCUGGGCUACGAGAUGGCGGCCGAGUACACUUACCCCGAGUCCGAGAGCAACACCGCGGGUAUCCUUAACGUCGCGAACAACGUCUACGGGAUCGUCCUCGUGGUUACCCUGUCUCGGCUCAUGGAGGCUUACGGUGACGCGCCGGCCCACGCUGGUCUUUGCUUUGUUCUGUUGGUCGGCCUCGUCCUGACUGUUGCGACCAAGGACGAGCAGAGACGACAAGACGCUCGCAGGACUAUGGCUGCUGAUUGCAGAUAGUGAACUUGGGGACAUUUUUUUUUUAUUUUAUUUUUUUUAUUAGGUUUUCU